AUGGUCUUGAUUUUUUUUCUAGAUUAUGCAUACACCAAAGGAAAUCCCCGAGGGAAAGAGAUUUUGUGUCCUUGUGCGAAUUGUUACAAUACUAAUUGGCUUACAAGGAAUGAAGUACGAAAUCAUUUAAUUACAUUUGGAUUUCAAAAAGGAUAUGAUGUUUGGGUUCGACAUGGUGAGAAGAAACUAAAACCCGGUGAUCUUAAUGAUAAUUAUAUGAAUCAUGAAAAGGAUCAAAUCGAUGAUAUUUAUGGACUAUUGCAUGGAAGAUUUAGAGAUGUUGUACAAGAAGAAAAUGAAGUAAAUGUAGGCCUCAAUGAAGAUGCAAAAAAGUUCUAUAAUCUAGUCGAAGAAGCCAAACAAGAUUUGUAUCCGGGUUGUAAAAACUUCUCUAAAUUGUCGUUCACCGUCCGUCUUUAUUUACUGAAAUGUCUUUAUGGUUGGAGCAACAUAUCAUUCAAUGCUCUCUUAGAGUUGUUAAGAGAAGCUAUGCCUUCAUUGAACAUCCCUGAUACGUUCAGCAAAACCAAAGGUCUGAUAAGGGACUUAGGGUUGGAUUAUAAGAAGAUCGAUGCUUGCCCUAAUGAUUGCAUGAUAUAUUGGAAAAAUCAUGAGAAUGAUACUUCUUGCCAUGUUUGGGGUGCUCCACGGUGGAAUGAAGAUGUAAAAGGAGAUGAUAAAGUUGAAAAAAGUCAUAAGUCUCAUAAAGUUCCUUUGAAAGUUUUAAGGCAUUUUCCCUUGAUUCCAAGACUUCAAAGACUGUUUAUGUGUUCAAAGACUGCUAGCUCAUUAAGGUGGCAUGAUGAAGAACGUUCGAAAGAUGGGAAGUUGAGGCAUCCUGCAGACGGAGAAGCAUGGAAAGAAUUUGAUAAAUGUCAUUCUGAAUUUGCUGAUGAGCCGCGUAAUAUAAGACUUGGGUUGGCCAGUGACGGAUUUAAUCCAUUUAGAACCAUGAAUUUGUCUCAUAGUACUUGGCCUGUGGUAUUAAUACCAUAUAACUUUCCACCUUGGUGGUGCAUGAAGGCUGAGUAUUCUAUGUUGUCUUUAUUAAUCCCUGGACCACGUUCACCUGGGAAUAACAUUGAUGUGUACCUUCAACCAUUGAUAGAAGAAUUGAAAGUGUUAUGGGAUUUGGGUGUAGAAACAUAUGAUGUAUCACUAAAUCAAACUUUCCAAAUGCGGGCAUCUCUCUUAUGGACUAUUAGUGACUUUCCUGGGUAUGCUAUGUUGAGUGGGUGGAGUACAAAAGGGAAACUAGCAUGUCCUUGUUGUAAUUAUAACACUAAUUCAAUAUAUUUGAAUAAUAGUAAAAAAAUGUGUUAUAUGGAUCAUCGUGUUUUUUUGCCCGAGGAUCAUAAAUAUAGGUCAAAUGUUAGGAAUUUCAAUGGGAGCAUAGAAGAUAGACCACCACCAGAGUUGUUAACUUGGGAACAAAUCUCAAAUAAACUAAAGGACGUCAACAAUGAUUUUGGCAGGUUGCAAAAUAAAAGUAAUAAUGGUCCAUGGAAGAAAAAAUCAAUAUUUUUUGAGUUACCAUAUUGGAAGCAUAAUACUUUACGCCACAAACUUGAUGUGAUGCAUAUAGAGAAAAACAUAUUUGAUAGUAUAAUUGGGACUUUAUUGGAUAUCCCAGUAAAGACAAAAGAUCAUAAAAAUGCACGUUUAGACUUGAAAGAGAUGGGUAUUAAAAAGAAACUUCACCCCAAAGAGGUAGAUCAAGGAAAAAAGUCAUUGUUUGCAAAAGCAUGCUUUUCCAUGACUGCAAAGGAAUAA